UCAUGUGAUUUGUCGAAAGAUCACAUGAUCAGCAUUGUUAUCAUAUGAAGUGCUUUUGUUUUUAGAACAAAUGAACAAGUAUAAAUACAGUGAUUGACGGUGUCAGCUCUUCACUAGGUAUUGUGGACAUUGAACAAGCCAAAGACAAAUAAAGAUGAUCCGUGCAGCAGUAUUCGCAUGCCUUUUGGCAACAUCGUUAGCAUUCAACAGUUUCCUUAACAACGAAUGGGAGUCAUACAAGACCGCCCACGGCAAACAGUAUGAUCCUCAUGUAGAGGGACUAAGACGUGCUAUAUGGGAAAGCAAUAUUAAAUAUAUCCAGCAACAUAACCUCGAGGCCGACAGAGGACUCCAUACAUACAUACUUGGGAUGAACGAAUAUGGAGAUAUGACAAAUAAAGAAUUUGUAGCUAUGAUGAACGGUUUCAAACAGAAUGUCAGCCGAUCAGUGUGUAGUAAAUUCACACCACCAUUGAAUGUUAACCUCGGAGAUCUUCCCGACAGUGUUGACUGGAGGCAAAAAGGAUAUGUCACUGAAAUUAAAAACCAGGGACAAUGCGGAUCGUGUUGGUCAUUUUCUGCCACUGGCUCCCUCGAGGGACAAAAUUUCAAGAAGACUGGCAAAUUGGUUUCCCUUUCAGAAAAGAAUUUGAUGGACUGCUCCAAACCAGAAGGUAACAAGGGUUGUGAAGGAGGUUUAAUGGAUCAAGCUUUUGCUUACGUCAUCAAAAAUAAGGGAAUUGACACAGAGGAAUCUUAUCCAUACAAACCAAGGAACGGAAAAUGUGAGUUCAAAGAAGCCGACAUAGGAGCAGUUGAGGUAAGCUGUAUGGAUAUUAAAAUGGGAUCAGAAGAUGAUUUACAAGCUGCUGUAGCAACAGUAGGACCCAUCUCUGUAGGAAUUGAUGCUAGCCACCCAUCAUUCCAAAUGUACAGAUCUGGUGUUUACAGCGAGAGAAGGUGUUCAUCAAAGAAACUUGAUCAUGGUGUUCUUGCAGUUGGAUAUGGCACAGAAGGCUCUGAUGAUUAUUGGCUAGUUAAGAACAGCUGGGGCAAAAGUUGGGGACAGGAAGGUUACAUCAUGAUGUCAAGAAACAAGGACAACCAAUGCGGAAUCGCCACACAAGCAAGCUUUCCUACCAUGUAAUAUGAUUGGUCAACUUCAAUUUCAAUUUAAGUAACGUGAUAUCUGAUUGGAUAAUUGGACUGAUUGAAGUAACAUUGAAACUUUAUAACUGGAAAUAGAUCUGUUUUUGAGAAAAAAAAAUAGUGCAUUAUUUUCUAUUUGGUGUAAUGAAAUUAAAUAGCUGCUUUUUGUUACGACUGGCUAAAUGAUAUAAUUUUGUCAGACCCUGAUCCGAUUGCUGAUUAUCAUUUGCCAAAGAACUUAUAUAAUAAUGAAUACCUGAAGAAUAUAUUAGCUUUCUAUUUUGGCAGUUGACAAUCACAAGAUUUAUAUAAUAAGUAUUUGUGUUGUUACUAUUGCUAAAGUGCUGUGUUACAUUUUGAUUUGCUUCUCGACCACAUGAUAUUGUUUUGAACGUGAAAUCAAUUAAGAAAAAUAAAUAAUAAAAAGAAACA